AUGUCACCCAAGUAUAUGGUCAUUGGUGUUAUAGCGCUUGUUUUGAUUUCCACUGAUUACUUAUGUGGUUCGGUUGGAAGUGUGGAAAUCACCAUGGCUCAUAAAUCUUGCAAAUGUUUUAACAUAACCGAUGACAAUGAAUCGGUGAAAUGUCAAUGUGCUCACAGCGAACUCGAAACAAUUCCAAAUGAUCUGCCUACGCCUUUGCACAUUUUGAUGAUUCGAAAGGCUGCAAUAGAAAAAUUAACAAAGGAUUCAUUCACUAACUACAAAAAGAGCCUUACAGACAUGGAAAUCGUUCAAACGGGAAUCAAGGAACCACCGCACUUAAGUUUAUUGAGGACCAAUAAUACUUCUCUCCAUACAGUAGACCUCGAAAGCAAUAGAAUAGAAAAAGUAAUUUCAGGAGGACUGUCGAUCAGCGUUGAACAACUUCAGCUCAAUUAUAAUUGUAUUACCGAACUAGGACCAUUGGCUUUCAAUAACGCCGAAAUCGCCACAGUUAAUUUGAGAGGCAAUCGUAAACUUCAAAAACUGGACGCUCAAGCUUUCGUUGGGAUUAAAAGUCUUCGCUACCUAGACUUGUCGGAAACAUCAAUCCAAAGUCUGCCUACAGCCGGUCUCGAAGAAUUGGAAAAUUUGAAAAUCGAAAAAACGUACACUAUGAACGUUUUCCCGUCCAUCUACAACUUCAAGAACAUUAAAGAAGCAUGGUUGACAUAUCCGUAUCACUGUUGUGCUUUCCAUUUUCCCAAAACACACAACCCGCAAGGAUACGCAGAUCAUGAGAAACUCCAACAAAAAAUGUUUCAAGAAUGCAAAAAUAUACCAUUUGUAGACCCUAUUUCUACGGUAAAAACAAUGCACUCGACGACGGAGAAUUUUAUUGGCGAUGAAAUGUUUCAUACUGGUGACGUGACUGUUGGCACCAAAGUUGACGUGAUUUGCGGCAACGUGUCGAAAAACUAUCUGGAAGUCAAGUGUUACCCGGCGCCAGAUGCGUUCAACCCGUGCGAGGAUCUAAUGGGAAACUGGACGCUGCGCGUGGCCGUGUGGAUCGUGGCCGUGGCCGCUCUGCUGGGCAACAUGGCAGUGUUGUUCGUGUUGCUCAGCAGUCGGUUCCGGUUGACGGUGCCCAAGUUCCUCAUGUGCAACUUGGCCAUGGCCGACUUUUGCAUGGGACUCUACCUGUUGCUGAUUGCCGUUAUGGACGCUCGAUCGAUUGGACAGUACUUCAAUCACGCCAUAUUCUGGCAGAGAGGUAUCGGUUGCCAAGUAGCCGGUUUCCUGACCGUGUUCUCGUGCAUGCUGUCCGUGUUUACGCUGAUGAUCAUCACCGGCGAACGUUGGUACACUAUCACUUACGCCAUACACCUUAACCGUCGGCUCAAGCUCGGCGCCUCCGUCAACAUAAUGGCCGUCGGUUGGCUGUUUUCGGUGGUCAUGGGUGCGUUGCCGCUGAUGGGCACCAGUGGUUACUCGAAGACCAGCAUUUGCCUGCCCAUGGACAACUCAUCGUUCGCCGACAAAGUGUACCUGUUCUCCUUGCUGACGUUCAACGGCAUCGCGUUCGUAGUGAUAUGCGCGUGCUACGCAAAGAUGUACUCGUCGAUCAGGGGCGGCCGCGAGGCAGUGGCGUCGGUGGCCCGGUCCGACAUGACGGUGGCCAAGCGCAUGGCCCUGCUGGUGUUCACUGACUUCGCGUGCUGGGCGCCGGUGGCGUUCUUUGGGCUGACCGCGCUCGCCGGUUACCCACUCAUCGACGUGCCCAAGACCAAGAUACUGCUGGUGUUCUUCUACCCGCUCAACUCGUGCGCCAACCCGUAUCUGUACGCGCUGCUCACACAACAGUACCGCCGCGACCUGUUCGUGCUGCUCAGCCGGUUCGGCGUGUGCAGCCGUCGCGCGGACGAGUACAAGGGAACGGGCCCGGUGCCGUGCGGCCGCCGCAAGGCCCACUGCAACGACGCACAACGGCACCGGGACCGACGGGGCUACGGGGGCGGAGGUGGCGGCGGCGGCGGUGGCUUCGGUGGUGGCGACGACUGCGGCGGCGGCGGGGGCGGUGGAUACGACGACGUGGGACAGAGCGGCGGCGGCGGCAGUAACCAUCACCGCGGUUCUGUGAUGACCACCGUCACGUCCGUCGACUCGGUGGUCGCGUGCCGGCCGGGAUCGCUGACGCCGCUCCAGGAGGCGCUCAACUGCAGCGCCGAGUACGCGGCGCACCGCGCUCACUCGCCACCGCAAACGCCGUCGCCGGUGCAACAGCUGCAGCAGCCGUCGCUGAUGACGCCGAUGCAGCAGAACUUGGAACUGAUGCCGCUGCAUCGGGCUUGACGUACGGCCGCCGCCGGAGACCGGGAUUACGACUAUCUUGACGGCGAAGACGACGACGACGACGACGACUACUACGAAGGCGAUUCCGUGUCUGCCAUUUCGAUGCAACUGCGACAGGGAUCGCGCGACGGGUGCAGCGAGUGACGCCGAAGUCUCGACCGCCAACGGUCCACCGUCGAAGACCCGACCGCAAACCAUCACCGCCGCCCGCCGCGUUUUCGAUGAUAAUAAUUUCGUUAUUAUUAUUUUGACACGCGUGCCAGAUCUUUGGUGAGUUUCGCCAUCGUUGAUGAGAUGAUAUUGUUAUGAAACCGAUCGCUCGUUUUUGUAAAAACAGUACGAUUUUCCGUUUUUGAUCUAGCCACGUGCGUGGAUAUAAGAUAGGUAAGUUUAGGUAAUUGUAUGCUGUUUAUAUAUUUAGGUAUCAUACACGGCUGGGCGAGUUGGCUAUUUUUUUUUUUGAGUCACCAAGUCAAUAUAACUAACGUAACAUUAUGUAGAUAAAUGUAAAUUAAGUUACUUCCCAUCAUUUUUAACGAAUAUAUUUUACAACAUAAACAGAAAAAUAAACUCAGAUAACUUAGUUAGAAAAAACUAUUAAUUACACUUAUAUUUUUUUUAAACUGAAUAUUUAAAAUCUAUGGCAAUCCACAAUAUUAGUACAUUUGAUUUAAUACGCACAAAAAUAAAAAUAAUACGUAUAAGAGUAAUAACAGGAAAAUGACAGAAAAGAAAGGCAUUCAAUGAUUACAUCCUAUACUUGCUAAGAUUAUUAAUUAUUUUGAUAAAUUGUUUGAGCGAUAACGGCCCCAAUGUCUCUAUAAAAGUAUAAACGUCGAACUCCGAGUUAACACUUAUUUGGUAGUGUUAUAAUUAUAGAAAUAUUUGAAAAUAAUAUGUUUGGGUGAGAAUGUAAUUUUCUAUAGAAAGCCAUGUUAACGUGUAUUUACAUAAGUUAUUUCGAGCUCUCUUUAAAUGCAGAAAUAAUGAAUUUAACACAUCGACAGUCUACAUUUUAAAAAAAUAAUAACAAAUAAAUAUUUUAGUACCUAUUAAGGUACACUAACAUAAUAUAAGCAUGUUAAAACUAUACCUAAAUGAUAUUAUUUACAAUUUUUUUUCUACAAACUAUAAUUUACACAAUAUAUUAAAAUAUAUUUUAUGCGGUCUUCAUAUUGCGAAAACAGUUAACUUAACGUGACUAUAUUACAAUUAUUAUUAAUGAACUGUAGUUUAGUAACUAUAGUAUCAUGGGAUAAAUUUUGACUUUUUAACGUAGAUGUUAUACUUUCAAAAAAACUGCAAAUUUUUUAUGUGACUUGGUUAAAAGUAAUUUAACUUUUUAACUCGUUAACGCCCAGCCUUGUAUACAUGUAUACAACGAUUACUGUAUAGUAGGUGUAUGUGUAGUAUGCGGCACAUAGGUAUUAUUGAUUAAUAUGUCGAGAGUAUAUUAUUAUGUUUUCGAUACAUGACGCAUGCCGCAAAAAUUCGAUUAGUCGACAAAAUAAUAAUAUACUAAAUAUUGUAUUUGUAUAGUUUAAACUUUAAAUCAUUAUAGUCCAUGUAUAGUCCAUAUUAUAAUAUUAUGACACAGUACAUAUUAUAAAGUGUUUUAAAAAAAUCUCAAAAAGUCAUGUUUUGUAUAGAAUAUUAUACUGACGACUUUAGUUAUUAAGUAUCUUAUAGCUAACUAAAUAAUAUAUUAUCAAUUGUAUACCUAAGUACCACCUUAUAAACUUUUGUACGAAUGUAGAUAGUAGAAACGAUAUUCAGGUAUAACUGUUUUCGUUAGAAAAAAUAAUUUAAUAACGGUUUGUCUAUAAAGAUGUUGUAUAAUAAUUAUAUUAUAUAUUAUUAUUAGUGUUGAUAAACUUAUGUUGCUGCCCUAAGUGUGUGUUGUUUAGUUUACUUUUUUAAUGUUUUGAAGACAAUUUAUAAAAUAAAUUACAUUAUUAACCUACAUCGGUGAUGGUUAUUAUUAUUUAAAAUGUCUGUAUAGAUUACCUACCUAUUUUUCUAUACCUAUGCAAUAUGAUAUCACGGUGGACCGUCCUAACUUCUUAUAAUAGUCAAUAGCGGUAUUAUACGCAUCUCCACAUAGUUAGCUCAAAAGAACCAGGAUACCAGGAUACCGGUUAAUUACCAGCUGGGUAAGUUCUUUGUUGAAGUGUUUUU